AUGGCUACAAUCAAAUCAGCUUCUUUUGAUGACUCAAAGGUAUCAGUUACCUUUUCCGACGGAAACACCACCGUCUACCACCAUAUCUGGCUUAGAGACAAUUGUCACUGUGAAGAGUGUUUCUAUGGUCCCACCAAGCAACGGUUAUUGAACACUGCCACGUUAGAUUUGGGUAUUAAACCUUUGACAUUGAACAACGAUGACGAUACCAUGACCAUCAAAUGGUCUCAAGACAAUCAUAAAUCAGAGUACACCAAGGAAUGGUUGUAUCUUCAUGCUUAUUAUCCCAGAUUAGUGCCCGUUGAUGAAAAAUUGGCUGGUCAAAAGACUAAACUUAAGCAACAGCUUUGGACUGUUGAUUCCAUUAAGAAAACCAUGCCAACUGUUGAUUUCAAUCAAGUUUUGGACUCAGAAGAUGCUCUUACUGAUUGGAUCCUAAAGAUUUGGCUUCAUGGGUUCUGUUUGAUUGAUAAUGUGCCUGUAAACCCAGAAGAUACUCAAAAGUUGGUGGAAAGACUCAUGUAUAUCCGUCCUACUCAUUAUGGAGGAUUUUGGGAUUUUACCAGCGACUUGGCCAAAGCCGAUACCGCCUAUACCAACUUUGAUAUUGCUGGUCAUACAGAUGGUACUUAUUGGAAUGAUACUCCUGGUUUACAAUUGUUUCAUUUAUUAGCUCAUGAUGGUGAAGGUGGAACGACUUCAUUGGUUGAUGCCUUUCAAUGUGCUAAAGAGUACAAGAAAUUGUAUCCAGAAUACUUUGAUUUAUUGACCAAAAUCCCCGUCCCAGCCCAUUCAGCUGGUGAGGAAAUGGUCUGUAUCCAACCAGACAUCGCCCAGCCUAUCUUCAAAUUGGAUCUACAAGGUGAAUUGGUCCAAGUUAGAUGGAACCAGAGUGACAGAUCGUGUAUGGAUAGUUGGACUGAUCCUGAAUUGGUACCAAAGUUCUACGAUGCCAUAACUAAAUGGUUUGCUCUUGUUACUAAGCCUGAGAACGAAUUAUUUUAUCAAUUAAAACCAGGUCAAUGUUUGAUCUUUGAUAACUGGAGAUGUUUCCAUUCCAGAACAGAGUUCACAGGUAAAAGAAGAAUGUGUGGAGCUUACAUUAAUCGUGAUGAUUUCAUGUCAGCAUUAAAAAUAAGAGUAUUGGGACGUGAAGCUGUAUUGAAUAGUAUUUAA